AGGACUUGAGGGAGGAGGAAUUCAAGCAGCUGAAAUGGCUCCUCCAGCAGGCGGACAUCAUGCACACAAUCAUCCCACAUCUCGAAGACUACCCAGCCAUCCCUGUGAGCCGGCUGGAGAAGGCAGACAGGCAGGACACCGUUGUUCAGAUCAUUCAGAUCUAUGGCCCUUAUGGAGCUCUGGAGGUGACCAGAAAGGUUUUAAUGAAGAUCAACAGAAAUGAUCUGGUGCAGCGAUUACCAAACAUCACCUCAGUACCAAAAGAUGUUGGUGAUGUGGGGAGUUCAGAAAACAGAGAAUCUUCCCCAAUUAAAUCACAAGCCAUGUCUCCUCAACUUUUCACUACAGACAGUCAAAGUGAAGAUUUCAUGGUGCCAGUACCAAAGCCUGCACAGCCAAUCACAUCAUACCAACAAAUGCUCCAAUCCAAUCUUCAGAAUCGGUUUGUGUGUGUACAAGAAGGACUAUCAGAUAUGGAGGAUAAAAAACUUCUGGAUGAUAUUUAUACAGAGCUCUACAUCACAGACGGAGGCGACAUGCAAAUUAACAGGCAACACGAGGUCAUGCAGAUCGAGAUGGCAUCAAGAAAUCUAGCAGCAACCGAGGUAUCAGUCAAACCCAGCGAUAUCUUCAAACACCAUUCUGGAAAAUACAGACCCAUAAGGACCGUGCUGACCAAUGGGAUUGCAGGAAUUGGGAAAACAUUUCUUGUGCACAAGUUCAUCCUCGACUGGGCUGAAGGAAGAGCCAAUCAAGAUGUGCAUCUCAUAUUCCCCUUCACCUUCCGCCAGCUGAAUUUACUGAAGGGGAAAAGGUUUUCUCUCGCCAAGCUAAUUCACAAAUGUAUCAUGGAAACCAAGGAGAUCACAGAGGAGGCUCUUAAUUACAUUUUCACAGUGCUACAGAUGUCAGGAAACACCAACUAUGACAAGAGUAAAGUUAAACUUCUCUUUGUGUUGGAUGGACUAGAUGAGAAACGCCUUCAACUAGACUUCACUGCCAAAGAAAAAAACACCAUUGAUGUGACAAAGUCGGCUAGGGUAGAAGGACUGCUGACGAACCUCAUUAAGGGGACUCUGCUUCCCUCUGCUCGUCUCUGGAUAACUACACGACCUGCAGCAGCCAGUCAGAUCUUUCUAGAGUUUGUUGACAUGGUGUCAGAGGUGAGAGGGUUCAAUGACCCACAGAAGGAGCUUUAUUUCACCAAAAGAUUCAGUCAUGACGAGCAGGCUGCUGGCAGAAUCCUCUCCCACAUCAAGACAUCACAAAGCCUCCACAUCAUGUGCCACAUACCAAUCUUCUGUUUGAUCACUGCGACCGUUCUGGAAGAUGUGUUGAAAAGCAGUGAGAGAGGAGAGCUUCCCAAGACUCUGACCGAGAUGUACACAUACUUCCUGGUGGUUCAGAUGAGGCAGACAAAAGAGAAGUAUGGCACAAAAAAGAACAUCCAGUAUAUUCAGUCACUUGCAAAACUGGCUUUUAACCAGCUGGAGAAGAGAAACCUGAUUUUCUAUGAGGAAGACCUAAAAGAGAGUGGGAUUUAUCUCAAUGAAGCAUCUGUGUACUCUGGGGUGUUCACACAGAUCUUUAGAAAGGAGAGCUGGAGGAAGAAGGACAAGGAUAAGGGCAGACUGUUCAGUUUUGUCCAUCUGAGCAUUCAGGAGUUUCUGGCUGCUUUUCAUGUGGCGCUGUCGCUCAUUAACAGCAACAAGAAUGUGAUGGCUGAAUCCCAACCAACGUUUAAAAGUCUGGGGAUGCUUCUCAGCAAAACAUCUGUAACAGACGUCCAUAGGAUUGCUAUCGACAAGGCCUUAGAGAGUCCAGAUGGACACCUGGACUUGUUUCUCCGUUUCCUGUUGGGUCUUUCAUUGCAGAGCAAUCAAGAUCUCCUGGCAGACCUACUAAAACAGAGAAGAAUUAUCUCAAACAGCAAUCAGGAAACAAGCACGUACAUCAAGGAGAAGAUCAAGAACAAUCCCUCUCCAGAGAGAAGCAUCAACCUCUUUCACUGUCUGAAUGAGCUGAAUGAUCAUUCUCUGCUGGAGGAGAUCCAACAGUACCUGAGUUCAGGAUGUAUCGCCAAAAGAUAUCUCUCUCCUGCUCAGUGGUCAGCUCUGGUCUUCAUCUUAAGGUCGUCAGAAAAACAGCAUGAUGUGUUUGACUUAAAGAAAUACUGUGCCACAGAGGAGGGCCUUCUAAGGCUGCUGCCAGUGUUUCAAGCCUCCAGUACAUAUCUGCUGAGUGGCUGUAAUCUGUCAGACAGAGGCUUUAAAGCCAUCGCCUCAGUUCUCAGCUCCCAUCAAUCUAAUUUGAGAGAGCUGGACCUGAGCAGCAACAACCCUAAUGAUGCAGGAAUGAAACUGCUCUCUGCUGGACUAGAGAAUCCCCACUGUAGACUGGAAUCCCUCAGGUUGAGUGACUGUAACCUCGCAGGGAGAAGCUGUGAAGCUCUGGCCUCAGUCCUCAGCUCCAAGACCUCUAAUCUUCGUGAGCUGGACCUGAGUAACAACGACCUGCAGGACUCAGGAGUGAAGCUGCUCUCUGCUGGACUUGGCAGUCUACACUGUACACUGGAGUCUCUCAGGCUGAAUUUGUGCAAGCUGUCAUGGAUGAGCUGUGAAGCACUGGCCUCAUCUCUUAGUUCACAGUCAUCUUGUCUGAAACAACUGGACCUGAGUAACAACGACUUGCAGGAUUCAGGAGUGAAGGCUCUCUCUGCUGGACUGGAGAGUCCACAAUGUAGACUGGAAACCCUCAGGCUGUCAGGCUGUCUGGUCACAGAACAGGGCUGUUCUUUUCUGGCCUCAGCUCUGAGCUCCAACCCCUCACAUCUGCGAGAGCUGGACCUGAGCUACAAUCAUCCAGGAGACUCAGGAGUGAUGCUGCUCUCAGCUGGACUGAAGGAUCCAAACUGGAGACUGGAUACUCUCAGGGUGGACCCUAGUGGAGUGCGCUGGUUGAAAUCUGGCCUGAAGAAGUAUUCCUGUGAACUCACACUGGACCCAAACACAGCACACCGAGACCUCAUUCUGUCUGAUGAAAACAGAAAAGUGACACGGGCGAGCGAGGAGCAGCCAUAUCCAGAUCACCCUGAGCGAUUUGAUGACUGGUUCCAGCUACUGUGCAGAGAGGGUUUGAGUGGUCGCUGUUACUGGGAAGUAGAGUGGGAUGGAAAGACUUGGGUUGCAGUGACUUACAGAGGAAUCAGUAGACGCGGAGAAGCUGUUGACUUCUGUCCUGGAUGGAAUGAAAAGUCCUGGAGUCUAGAGUGCUCUGAUGACGGGUACUAUACUUGUCACAAUAAAAUUCUAACAGAAAUAUGUUUCCACCCCCUUGACUCUACCAGAGUAGCGUUGUAUCUGGACUGGCCUGCAGGCACGCUGUCCUUUUACAGAGUUUCCUCGGACACAUUGACACACCUCUACACCUUCUACUCCAGAUUCACUGAACCCGUCUACCCUGGGUUCUGGAUUGGGUUAAACUGCUCAAUAACCCUGUGUCAGAUGGGGGAGGGAGAGCAGUCACCUGAAGAUCCAAACACUUAA